UAUAUAGUUCCGCCGCAGUGUGAAAUAUUAGUUCCUAGGAAACAGAUGCUGCUCUCAUAUCUCAUCAUAAUGAGCCCAUCAUCUGUUCUCUGACAGCCUGGAAAUCUUAAAAACUCAAAAAUGUGGCGAAAGUAUCGGAAACGUUUGAUGACGUUUGUUUUGUUGUGUAUUUUCCGCGGAGCCGCCAUGUUGAGUCUGUCGGCCCGGGCAGCAGGACCGGAUGAGGCUGCUCAGGUUGUCCUGUCAGAGGAGUUGGAGAAUAAACCCAGCUUUGUUGAGUCAGAGGAGUUGGACGCUUUGCCCAGAAGGCAGUUUAAAACGGCUGAAAUCGCAGACGCGGUGUUGAGAACUGAAACCCCCAUUCAUCCGUCUGACAUCGAAUCGCUGAUUCCCAGGAAUGCAAAGGACUUCCAGUCGGGCUUCUCUCCCCCCUGUGACGGGAACGGCGAUCGGUGCGUCUCGCCUGCGCAGGCCGAAGACCUGGAGCUGCUGGAGGAGCCGGAAGCAGAAUCAAUGCAGCAGGUCUCUCUGGAGAUGGUCCCUGCAGAACUUCCAGCUGAAGAAGCGAACACCACAGAGACGGCAAAGACGUAUAAAGUGAACUGUGACAGGAGGAACAUCACAGGAUUGGAGAGCUUCACUGUUCAGGUCCUCAACUCCUCACAGGACCUGAUGGAUUUUCUAAACACCAACAGCACAGAGUGCUCUGUGGUUCUGUUCUUCACAGCCUGGUGUCAGUUCUCAGCCAAACUGGCGCCGCACUUCAACGCCCUGCCACGCGUUUUCCCCAGCAUGCAUUUCCUGGCCCUGGAUGCUUCGCAGCACAGCAGCCUCUCCCCCAGGUUUGGGACGGUGGCUGUUCCCAACAUCCUGCUGUUUCAGGGGGCCAAACCUAUGGCUCGCUUCAACCACACGGACCGCACGCUGCAGAUGCUCACGUCCUUCAUCAGCAACCAGACAGGGUUUGAAGCGGGCCCCAACAGAGACGUGACAGAGGGAGACCGGAUGGGGCCCCUGUCCAGCAUCCCGGUGAGAGGCAUCGACUGGCUCCUUGUCUUCUCCAUCCUCUUCAUCACGGCCUUCAUCGUCUACGCCAUCCUGCGGGCGGACAGCCUGCGCUGGCUCAUACCGGGACAGGAGCACGAACACCAGGACUGAAAACACAAUAAUCACACUGCAAAGUUUUUCAUUCAAAAAUGUUUUAGAUUCAAAUAAAAUAUGUGAAAUGUU